AUGCUAGGCCGUCUCAUCGAGUACCAGGUCAUCGGGCGCCACUUGCCCACCGAGGCAAACCCGACCCCCAAGUUGUACCGCAUGCGCAUCUUUGCUCCCAACACAGUUGUUGCCAAGUCGCGCUUCUGGUACUUCCUCACCAAGCUCAAGAAGGUCAAGAAGGCCAACGGUGAGAUCGUCAGCCUCAACGUGAUCACCGAGAAGCGUCCCACCAAGGUCAAGAACUUCGGUAUCUGGUUGCGUUACGACUCUCGCUCCGGCACCCACAACAUGUACAAGGAGUUCCGUGAGCUCAGCCGAACCGAUGCCGUCGACUCCUUGUACCAGGACAUGGCUGCCCGUCACCGUGCCCGCUUCGGCUCCAUCCACAUCCUCCGCGUCGUCGAGAUCGAGGACAAUGAGAGCAUCCGCCGCCCUUACAUCAAGCAGCUCCUCACCAAGGACUUGAAAUUCCCUCUCCCCCACCGUGUCCCCGCCCAAUCCAGCAAGAAGGUCUUUGCCUACAAGCGUCCUUCCACUUUCGCAUAA